GUGGAGAAAAGUACCUAGAUGGGUUCUUGCUUCUGGUAGUGUAUUACCUAUUUUUUUUUUCUUUCUCGGUGAUACCUUUCCGACUUUCUGGUCAGUCAUAGCAUUUGCCGAGCGCAUAAAGAAGGAAAGUCUGGUAUAAAUAUAAUAGAUAAAUAAAUAAGGAAAAUAGCGAAACUCUUUCUGUACCUAUCAGUUAGGUUCUCCCACGGGUUGAGCUUUGAAUAGUUAAUAUGACGGGACAUAUGACAUCGACUGGGCGGGGCGGCGCCGGUAACAUCGCCGACGCUUCCAAGUCCCCCAAAAUCCAACCGGCUGACCUCGAGACUCCGACUCUGAAAACUUCUAUUGUCACUACCGGCCGCGGCGGCUCCGGUAACAUGGCGCCGAAUACAGACCCCGUCGAGACGCGAGCACGCCAGGACGUCGGCCCUAUCGAGCGACGAGCGAGCCAGGGCGCAACGCACGUCGGACGCGGCGGGGCAGCCAACGUGGUGAGACCCAACAGCGAGGAGGCCGAAGCGUCCAAGACGAGUCUCGAGGGAUCGACGACGGAGGAGCACCACCACAACGGCAAGAACCACCACGCCAACGGGGCGAACGGGCUGGCGGCUAAGGCCAAGGAGUUCUUCAAGAAGGUCUAGGCGGCCUUGAGAAGGAAGGGGAAGAA